CAUAUCUUAUUUACAACAGUUUGUCCCUUUGGCAAAAUGGCAGCGUCCGUAGUCACAAAAUGUUUACCUAAACCCGCGCGUAUUAUACUUAACCACGUUUUGCAAGUCCAGAAGAAUGAGUUUCAUUCAACAAGCAGGCUGAUGGCGGUGACAGAGCCUGUGUCGAAGCCCGCCGGUCGUCAUGUGGUCACCCUGGUGCCCGGAGAUGGGGUGGGGCCGGAGAUGAUGGCCUCUCUACAGGAGAUCUUCAAGACUGCAGGAGUGCCUGUGGACUUUGAGGAGUUCUUCCUCAGUGAGGUUGCCCGAUCCCAAAGUGCCAACUAUGACACCGUUCUGGAGUCGUUCAGGCGUAACAGCGUUGGACUGAAGGGCAUCAUCUCCUCCCCGCACACGUUCAAGGGCAGUGAACUCCGCACGCUCAACAUGAAAAUCAGGCGUGACUUGGACCUUUACGCAAACGUAGUUCCAGUACGGAGCCUACCGGGCUACCACACAAGGCAUAACAACCUGGACUUUGUGAUUAUCAGAGAGCAAACAGAGGGCGAAUACAGCGCUCUUGAACAUGAGAGUGUACCAGGGGUGGUGGAGUCCUUGAAAAUCAUCACUGAAGCCAAGUCAAAGAGAAUCGCCAAGUUUGCAUUCGACUACGCAGUGAGACACAAGCGAAAGAAGGUUACAGCCGUACAUAAGGCAAACAUCAUGAAACUUGGCGAUGGUUUGUUCUUGAAAUCCUGCGAGGAAGUGGGAAAGUAUUACCCAUCCAUCAAGCUGGAGAACAUGAUAGUAGACAACUGCUGUAUGCAGCUGGUUUCCAAGCCCCACCAGUUUGAUGUGAUGGUGAUGCCCAAUCUCUAUGGUAACAUCAUAGACAACCUGGCUGCUGGGCUGGUGGGAGGGGCCGGGGUGGUACCAGGGGAGUGUUACAGCGACAAUGUGGCGGUGUUUGAACAGGGCGCCAGACACGCCUUUGCGACAGCAGUGGGUAAGAACAUUGCCAACCCCACCGCUGUGUUACUGGCGGGAUGUAACAUGCUGCGACAUCUGUCCCUAGUCUACCACGCCAAACUAAUCGAGGAGGCCAUCUAUAAAGUUGUGCGCACUGGAAAGGUUCGAACUCAAGACAUGGGGGGAUAUGCCACCACCGUUGACUUCACCAAGGCCAUCGUCAACACCCUCCAUUGAAGACCCUAUGGGUGUUUGAAUCUCAACCGAUUGCUCUGUAAAAUGUAUAGCUGCCCACCAUUAACCAUACUUAUAACUUCACGCAUGCAAUUAAUAUUCUGUUUUGAUGAAUUUGUUUUUUUCCACAUUGGAAUUGAGUUACAUAGUUAAAAGAAUAUAACAGUGUUCUGGUGUCAUUAAACGCAAAAUGAACAUGCGCAACAUAAAGAUAGUGUGCAUAUACAUGUUGAACACAAUUUAAUGUUAUGUAUGUUUUUUGAGUUCGUAAUGUGUUACAUGUAAGUUGGCGGAUGAGAGAUAGACCUCUAGUAACUUCCUUUCUCUAGCUUGUUUGUAUAAUAUUAAGUAUGUUAUAUAUAUAUUAUUUUUAGAACAGAAAACCCCGUCACACAAAAUUUGCAUGUAGCAGGAUGUUGUAAUGUUUGUGCUUCAUGUCGUUUUACUGUGUUUCGUUGUUGUUUGUUAUUUAUUGCAAUAUUACAUUUUAAAGUUCGGAAAUAAAGCAAUACAUUUAA